AUGCGGGGACUCCGCUUGAUCCCCAUCGGCGCGGCUCUAAGCUUGCUCCCGCAGUCGAUAGCGCAGGGCGAGACGAAAAUUCACGAAGCAGGGCGAUGUGCCAUCCGAGGCCACUGUGGAAAGCAGUCGUUCUUUGGUGGAGAGCUUCCAUGCCCCGAUAAUGGCCUCGCCGAGCAACCCGAAGCGACUGUUAGGGAGAAACUGGUGAAUCUGUGCGGCGAUAAAUGGAAGGACGGGCCAGUAUGCUGCAAGGAGGAACAGAUCGAUGCCCUCUCCAGCAACUUGAAACUCGCCGAAGGAAUCAUCUCGUCCUGCCCAGCGUGCAAAGACAACUUCUUCAAUAUCUUCUGCACCUUCACAUGUUCACCAGAUCAAUCGCUUUUCAUCAAUGUCACACAAACUGAGCCUGGUAGUUCCGGGAAGAAUCUGGUCACGGAACUGGAUAACUUGUGGUCAGAGGAGUAUCAAAGCGGGUUUUACGACAGCUGCAAGAACGUCAAAAAUGGUGCUUCGGGCGGCAAGGCAAUAGACUUCAUUGGAGGUGGCGCGAAGAAUUACACUCAGUUCAUGAAAUUCCUCGGAGACAAGAAGUUCUUAGGAAGUCCCUUCCAGAUUAAUUAUCGAACCGAGCCUCGCGCGGACUCUCAAGGUAUGAAAGCUCUACCAAUCCACACCAAGGCCUGCAACGAUGCCGACCCAGCAUACCGCUGCUCUUGCGUCGACUGCCCUGAUGUAUGUCCUGAGCUUUCUGCAAUACAAACGGAGAAACGAUGCCACGUGGGGUUGCUGCCUUGCAUGUCGUUUACGGUUAUUCUCAUCUAUUCGAUCUUCUUGCUUGCUAUCGCCGGGUUCUCGAGCUAUUUCACAUACAAAGAAGGACGAUACCGCAAACCCGAAAGAGUACGCCUUCUUCAGGACCCAAACCCGAGUGAUGACGAAGACGAUGGUGAUAUUGACCACGCGGGUGGGCAUCUGGAAUAUCCUCAUGGUGUUUAUAAGCUCAACAACAUACUCGAAACCGUUUUCAGCCGCAUCGGUUCAGUAUGUGCUCGUUUCCCCGCGAUUACCAUAAUCUCCAGCAUUGUGUGCGUCGUACUGUUGAGUUUGGGCUGGCUGCGUUUCACAGUGGAGACGGAUCCCGUGCGCCUGUGGGUCAGCCCUACCUCUGCAGCGGCAAAAGAAAAGGAGUUCUUCGACGAGCACUUUGGACCAUUCUAUCGCGCGGAACAGGCGUUCCUCGUUAACGAUAAUUCCAGUGCUAGUGAUGGCCGGGUUCUCAAUUACAACACCCUCAGUUGGUGGUUCGACGUUGAGUCUCGUGUUCGCCGUAUGAUCUCUCUAGACCGUGGGCUGACCUUAGACGAUAUCUGCUUCAAGCCCACUGGCGAUGCGUGUGUAAUUCAAUCGGUGACGGGUUACUUUGGAGGGUCCGUGUCCAACCUGGAUCCGGAUACCUGGGAAGAACGCCUGUCACAUUGUACCAAUUCACCAGGUGAUCCAAGCUGUCUGCCGGAUUUCCAGCAGCCCCUUAGGCCAGAGAUGAUUUUAGGUGGCUACGAAGGCGCGGAAAGUAUUCUUGAUGCCCAGGCACUGGUCGUGACUUGGGUUGUCAACAAUCAUGCCCAAGGAUCUGUUGAAGAGGCCAAUGCUAUGGAUUGGGAGGACAGUUUCAAGCGCAUUUUCCAAGUUGUUCAGGAGGAAGCCAGAGAACGUGGGCUUCGAGUCUCCUUUUCGACCGAAGCUAGUGUUGAGCAGGAACUCAACAAGUCUAGCAACACUGAUGCAAAGAUCGUGGUCAUCAGUUAUAUCAUCAUGUUUAUUUAUGCAUCUCUGGCCCUUGGGUCAGUGGCAAUGACCUGGAAGUCUCUGGUCCGCAAUCCGUCCAAUGCUCUAGUGCAGUCCAAGUUCACCCUUGGCGUUGUGGGAAUUGUUAUUGUGCUGAUGUCAGUGUCGGCGUCAGUCGGUCUUUUCUCCGCAGCUGGGAUUAAAGUGACGUUGAUCAUCGCGGAGGUGAUUCCUUUUCUUGUCUUAGCUGUGGGCGUGGACAAUAUCUUCUUAAUCGUCCAUGAAUUCGAGCGCUUGAAUGUUAGCCAUCCGGAUGAAGAGAUAGAUGAGCGCAUUUCGAGGGCAAUAGGUCGAAUUGGGCCGAGUAUCUUCCUUUCGGCUAUUACAGAAACCGUCGCCUUUGCCCUGGGGGUGUUUGUUGGCAUGCCCGCCGUCAGAAAUUUCGCUAUUUAUGCGGCAGGAGCUGUCUUUAUAAACGCGAUUCUGCAAGUCACAAUGUUCAUAUCUGUGCUUGCAUUAAACCAAAAGCGCGUCGAAAGCCUCCGUGCGGAUUGCAUUCCUUGCCUCACUGUGCGCAAGGCCCAUUCCGGCAUGUCGGAGGAUCGGGGAUUCGACGAUCAAGAUGGAGAAAGUGCUUUGCAAAAAUUGAUCCGCAAAGUCUACGCGCCUCACCUCCUUAACCGCCGAUUCAAGGUCCUUGUUGUCAUUAUUUUCCUAGGCAUCUUAACUGCUGGGUUGGCUCUAAUUCCAGAAGUCGCCCUGGGAUUGGAUCAGCGCAUUGCCCUUCCGAGUGAUUCCUAUCUUAUUAAGUACUUUGAUGACCUGAGUGAGUACUUCGGCAGCGGUCCACCUGUCUACUUUGUGACUCGGAAUGUGAAUGUAACCCAGAGAGCGCAUCAACAACAGCUCUGUGGGCGAUUCACCUCUUGUGAAGAAUACUCCCUAGCGUUCGUCCUCGAACAGGAAUCGAAACGGUCCGACGUCUCUUACAUUUCGGGUGCUACCGCUAGUUGGCUCGACGAUUUCUUCUACUGGUUGAAUCCGCAGCAAGACUGCUGCUUUGAGGAUGAUCAGUUGUGCUUUGAAGACAGGACGCCUGCUUGGAAUAUCACCAUGUAUGGAAUGCCAGAAGGCCAGGAGUUUAUCCAUUACCUCGAGAAAUGGAUCGAAUCUCCUACAGAUGCAUCCUGCCCUCUUGGUGGAAAAGCACCGUACAGCAGCGCCCUUGUCUUCGAUUCAAAACGCCUCACAACAAACGCAAGCCACUUCAGGACGUCCCACACUCCACUACGGACCCAAGAUGACUUCAUCAAAUCCUACGUCUCUGCUCGCCGAAUUGCCCGAGGGAUUUCAGAAGAACAUGGAAUCGAUGUGUUCCCCUACUCGAAGUCGUACAUCUUCUUCGAUCAAUACGUCUCAAUCGUCCAACUAGCGGGCACUCUACUCGGAUCUGCCGUGGCUAUUAUAUUUGCUAUCACUUCCAUCCUCCUCGGCUCGGUUGCUACGGGCGCAGUUGUCACCGGUACAGUCGUGAUGAUUGUGGUUGACAUUAUUGGUUCCAUGGCCAUAGCCGGCGUUUCAUUGAACGCCGUCUCACUCGUGAACUUGGUGAUUUGCGUUGGAAUUAGCGUCGAGUUCUGUGCACAUAUCGCGCGAGCCUUUAUGUUCCCCUCGCGCGCGAUUAUGGAUACAGCGCCGACUAGAUUCCGGGGCAAAGACGCUCGUGCGUGGACCGCCUUGGUGAAUGUGGGCGGCAGCGUUUUUAGCGGAAUCACCAUAACCAAGCUACUUGGAGUUUGCGUACUAGCGUUCACUCGAAGCAAGAUUUUUGAGAUUUAUUAUUUCAGAGUGUGGUUGGCCCUCAUUGUUUUUGCAGCGACUCACGCGCUCAUAUUCUUACCGGUAGCGUUGAGCUAUUUCGGCGGAGAGGGAUACGCCGACCCCGAGGCAGACGGGGGCUUAGAGGAAAACCUUGCAUCUCGGGGCUAUCGCUCUCUCCUGGUUGACGAUGAUUACGACUCGGACGAAUACUAG